UUAAAUUGUCAUACAAAUAUUUUUGGCCAAUAUGAAAAUAUAAUUAAGGAUACUUAUUCUAUAACUUUGUAAAAAACAGAAUCAGUGGUCCUAAAAAUAAUGCUCCAAAAUCAAUCGCAUAAAUUACUGAAGUAUUCACUAACAAAAAUUUCAAAUUUAUUUAAAUUGAGGUAUUUAGACUAUCAUAACUACAGUAAAAAGAUUGAAGAGGUAGUUAAUAUUCAAAUCCAGGCUGAACAGCAAGCUGCCCAAGACUAUCUCAACUUGGCUGUAUCAUUCUUACACCCUUUGAAAUCUUUACAUGGAGCAGGGGGUUUCUUCUUUAAAAUGUACAAAGAAGAAAUAGAUCACAUGGAAAAGUUAAUAAGAUAUCAGCUUUUGCGAGGCGGUUUACCUAAUAUUUGUGGUGUUGAUCCACCAAGCAAAAACAAAAAUACUACCUUACUUGAUGCAUUCAAACAAAGCUAUAAAAUGGAAAUUGAAAUUACUAAGCUUUUAGAACAAGGUGUGGUAAUUGCGGAAGGUGUUAAAGAUUACCAUUAUGCAGAAUUUGUAACUUCUGUUUUUCUUACUGAGCAAAUACAAUCAAUACAUGAAAUAUCAAGUCAUGUGGCUCAACUGACAGCCCUUGGCAAUAAUCAUCAUGCUCUCUAUCAUUAUGAUUGGAAAUUGGCUAAAAUGUAUCCCUAUUCUGUCAAAAUUUAAUGACUGCACAUUUUUCAAGUGAAUAAUUUGCCAAGGCAACAUUCCUACUAA